AUGUCUGCAGACAAAGGAGAAGUUAAAAUUGAAAAAUUCGAUGGUAAAGAUUUCGGAUUUUGGAAAAUGCAGAUUGAAGAUUAUUUAUACCUGAAAAAACUUUAUCAACCUCUGGAAGAGACAAAGCCAGAGGGCAUGCAAGAAGUAGAAUGGAAGCUUUUAGAUAGACAAGCUCUCAGAGUAAUUUGAUUGACGUUAUCACGCAAUGUGGCGUUUAACAUUGCAAAAGAAACCACAGCGGAAGGUCUCAUGAAAGCUCUCUCUAAUAUGUAUGAGAAGCCAUCAGCCUGCAAUAAAAUUCAUUUGAUGAGGCAGCUAUUUAGUUUAAGGAUGUCAAAAGGUGGAUCAGUAGCUCAACACCUUAAUGAACUCAAUUCUGUCACAACCCAAUUGAGUUUUUUUGAAUUCAAAUUUGAUGAUGAAUUCGUCGGGAACAAGUUGACGUUUGAUGACGUUCAUGAUCUGGUUCUUAGUGAGGAGAUUCGACGAAGAGAAUCGGGUGAUCUUCAUCCUCUACAGCACUAUAAAAAUCAGUGCAAGGGAGCACCAAAAGGCAAAGAAGUGAAGGCAGAGGAAAAUGUCACUUCAACCGGAGAAGGUGAUGAUGCGUUGAUAUGCUCAUUGGAGAGCAAAGAAGAUUCUUGGGUAUUAGACUCUGGACUAAAAUUCCAUGCUACUUCAACUAAAUACUUUUUUGAGAAGUAUGUUCAUAGAAACCUUGGACAAGUAUACCUUGGUGAUGACCAACCUUGUGAUAUUGUUGGUAAAGGUAACAUCAAGAUUAAGUUAAAUGGGUCAACUUGGGAGCUAAAGGAUGUCAAACAUAUCUCAAAGGGAGCAAUAACAGUUGCUCAUGGUAAAAAGAAUGUUACUCUCUAUUUGACAGCUGGAGCGUGUUAUUCAAUUAUCCUUGCAUUAGAAAAUGAAAACUAUAAGUUAUGGCACCAAAGACUUGGUCACAUUAGUGAGAAAGGAAUGAAGAUCAUGCAUUCAAUUGGGAAACUCCCUGGUCUAAAAUUUGUGAAUUUAGACAUGGUUGAAAAUGAAACAGGCCUGAAGAUCAAAAGGCUCAUGUUCGACAAUGGUGGAGAAUAUGAGGACACCAAAUCCAAGAAGUUUUGCUACGAGCAUGGUUUUAAGAUGGAAAGAACUAUGCCAGGUACGCCUCAGUAUAAUGGCAUAGCGGAUGAACUGAACAUUGACAGAAAGAGCCAGAAACAUUCGUAUACAGUCAGGUCUACCAAAACAAUUAUGGGCAGAAGCAGUCAAUACAACAACUUACUUGAUCAAUCGAGAACCAUCAACCCCAUUAGAAUACAAAUUACCAGAGGAGGUAUAGAGCAGCAAAGAGAUCAUAUUGUCGCACUUAAAGAACAGAUUGUACAGGGUAGUACAUCGCAAUCAAAUCACAUACAAAAACCUUCUAGUCCAACUCCUACGCUAAGAAAGAGUACUCGACCACAUGUGCCUAAUAGAAAAUAUAUGAAUUAUUUGUUAUUAACUGAUGAAGGGGAACCAAAAGAUUAUCAUGAAGCAUCCCAUACCAAAGAUGCUAGCAAGUGGGAGCUUGUAAUGAAAGAUGAAAUGCAAUCCUUGAUUUCAAACCAGACAUGGGAACUAACUGAGUUACCCAUAGGUAAGAAGGCUCUUCAUAACAAAUGGAUAUAUCGAGUAAAAAAGGAGCACGAUGAUUCCAAGAGGUAUAAGGCUCAACUAGUUGUCGAAGGUUUUCAACAAAAAGAAGGAGUUGAUUAUAAUGAAAUAUUUGCUCCUGUUGUGAAACUCAAUACCAUUAGAACAUUGUUAAGUAUUGUUGCAAUUAAAGAUCUUCAUCUCGAGCAGUUAGAUGUGAAGACUAUUUCUUCAUGGAGAUCUUGA